UAACGCGCAGCGCACCGCUCCCUCUAGCGGCCAGGCCGCGCAACGCAGCUGCGAGUGGAGGGAGGCGGCCGGGAGGAAGUGGAGUGUUACAGUAUACGCACGGAGAGACAGCUAGAAGCACUGGCAGCCGGGAAGAACGCGUGCUAUGAGCAUCGGGGAAUAGCAAAAGCUCGGAGAAGCGGCCGCUGUGUGUUUGGAGGAUGCCUGUGCUCGCAGAGCUGUGGAGGAGGCUCCCUCUGGCUGCUGGCUAUCAGGUUAGACAUUUAAGACACAAACUUCAGCUGAACACUGUGGUUUUUUACAGCACACAACCGCCCUCUAGUGAUGUGACCGUUCAUUACAGGCAUGGGCUCCCUGUUAUAACACUCACCCUGCCUUCUCGGAAUGAGCGAUGCCAGUUCACCAUCAAACCCAUGACCACGACAGUGGGGACAUUCUUAAAGGAUAUAAAAAAAGAGGACAAAGGCAUUGACACAAUCGCUGCUAUAUCUACAGAUGGCACAAAGUUCUCUACUUCCACACUGAUGAAUACCAUACUAAGGAAUGAUUUCCAGUUAGUUGUAAACCACAGAACGCAUCAAGUCCAUUCAUCUCCCGGAGAAAUGCUGCAGACUCAGGACUCCGGCCAAAUGGACUCAGCGAAAAGCUUGGUGCACAGCCUGUAUUCAGCUCUGCACUCAGAAGAAUAUUUGCUUAAGAAAGAGCAGGUGCUUUUACAGAGGUUGGAAGCACUGAAUGAAGAGUUGCAGCCACUGCAGCAGGCAAAGGUGAAUUUAAUGACUAUAUCGGAUGCCAAAACCACACGUCUCAAGUGGAUUGGGCUAGCGUACCUGUCUACACAGGGUGGGGCUCUGGCCUGGCUUACCUGGUGGGUUUACUCUUGGGAUAUCAUGGAACCUGUGACAUACUUCAUUACAUAUGGAAGUGCCAUCGCCUUCUACUCCUAUUUUCUACUAACCAGAGUGGACUAUGUUUAUCCAGAUGUUAGAGACCGCCAGUUCCUACAUAUCUUCUACAAAAGAGCCAAGAAGCAUCACUUUGAUGUGGAGAAGUACAAUAAAUUGAGAAAUGAGGUUACAGAGACUGAAGAAAGCUUGAGACGUUUGAGAAAUCCUCUACGAUUGAAGCUUCCAGUUGAACAGCUGCGUGAGGGAGAAUAGGCUGAUUUUUUUCUUUUUAUUCAAAAUAGAUAAUUUUUCAUGUUUUACAUCAUUUUGUAAAAGGGGUCAUUAGAGUCAUGCUUUAAGAGAUUACAAUAAACUAUAAAUAAGACUUUAUAA